AUCGUUUAUAAAAGUUUCAGACAUUGAGACAGUAGUGUAAUGUUCAGUAAAGUUAAUUAGCAGUUUGUUAGCGUGUAGUUUCCCCUGCUGUAGAUUGUGUGUGUGUGUGUGUGUGUGUGUGUGUGUGUGUGUGUGUGUGUGUGUGUGUGUGUGUGUGUAUUAGUGUGUUAAUGGGAUGGGCUGUUACAUUUAGCGUGUGUUAUCAGACUAGAUGAUUUUCUGCUGUUGUGCCUGGGCUCUCCGGCUCGGAGGCUGCGGGGAGAAUAUCGCUGUACUCGGCUCUUCAUCACCGCUGUGGGCUUUUCUAGACGCUUCUGUGCACCGGAACGAAGUGAUACAACCGGGGCACAUGUUGAGUUAACGGAGCCUUCCGCCUCUCCUCUAGCCUCCAUUCUCUCCUCUUUUCCUCUCCCCCCCCCGUUAGAUUCAGGGGUUUGAAUUAGUGAAUGCUUCACUCCACAACGCCUCUUUUCAACUAUGGACUUGAGUAAAAUGGCUGUGAGCAUCAACAAGGCGAUUAACACACAGGAAGUUGCCGUCAAAGAAAAGCAUGCCAGAACCUGCAUCCUGGGCACCCAUCAUGAGAAGGGCGCUCAAACUUUCUGGGCAGCCGUCAACCGCCUGCCGAUCUCCAGCAACGCGGUGCUCUGCUGGAAAUUCUGCCAUGUCUUCCACAAACUCCUACGAGACGGCCACCCAAAUGUCAUUAAAGACUCUGUGCGGAACAAGGCAGACCUAAACGACAUGAGCAGGAUGUGGAGCCACCUGAGUGAAGGCUAUGGGAAGCUUUGUAGCAUCUACCUCAGACUACUCAUCACCAAAAUGGAGUUUCACAUCAAAAACCCGCGUUUCCCUGGCAACCUUCAGAUGUCAAACAGGCAGCUCGAAGAAGCGGGUGAAAACGAUGUCAAUAACUUCUUCCAGUUGACGGUGGAGAUGUUUGACUACAUGGAGUGUGAGCUGAAUCUGUUUCUUACUGUGUUCAGCUCGUUGGACAUGUCCCGGUCCGUGUCGGUGACAGCAGCGGGUCAGUGUCGGCUGGCUCCUCUGAUCCAAGUCAUUCAGGACAGCAGUCACCUGUAUGACUACACAGUCAAACUGCUCUUCAAACUGCAUUCUUGUCUUCCAGCAGAGACACUGCAGGGGCACAGAGAUCGCUUCCAUGAGCAGUUUAAAAAACUGAAGAGCCUGUUCUACCGUUCCAGUAACCUGCAGUAUUUUAAAAGGUUGAUACAGAUCCCACAGCUUCCUGAGAAUCCACCAAACUUCCUGCGUGCUUCAGCUCUGUCGGAGCACAUCAGUCCAGUGGUGGUGAUCCCAGCCGAGACCUCGUCCCCUGAGAGCGAGCACAUGGUGGAGACCGACGAACUCGUGGACACGGACAUCCCACCCCUGCCGUGUGCCGUGGAGAGCAGGUUCGAUGACCUCUUUGGCACCUCGGCUACCACUGAUCCCUUCAACUUCAACAGUCAGAAUGGCAUGCGUAAGGAUGACAAAGACAGACUCAUCGAGCAGUUGACCGCAGAGCUCCAGGCCCUGAAAGAAGAGUUGGAGUCGUUCAGGCAGGAGAGUGGCCGUCUAUGCCAGGCCUUGCGUGGGCGGGUCAGUGAACUGGAGGCGGAGUUAGCCGAGCAGAGCCACCUCAAGCAGCAGGCACUGAGCGAGAGCGAGUUCCUGAAGGCAGAGCUGGACGACCUGCGCCGGGUCAAAGAGGACACCGAGAAGGAGCAGCGUAGCCUCACUGAGAUUGAAAAAAAGGCCCAGGCAAAUGAGCAGCGCUACACUAAGUUAAAGGAGAAGUACACUGAGCUGGUCCAGAACCAUGCUGACCUGCUGAGGAAGAAUGCAGAAGUGACUCGGCAGAUGACGGUGGCCCGUGCAGCCCAGGAUGAGGUGGAGACUGUGAGGCGGGAGAUGGAGGAACGACUGAAGGCAGCUCAGGAGGCAGUCAGCCAACAGGAGAAAACCCAAGCAGAGCAGCUCCAAGUGCUUCAGGCUGACCUAGUUACCAGCAGAACAGAACUAGAAACCCUCAAAGCCAGCAUGACUUCCUCCCAGAAGUUAAGUGAGGAGCUCAGUGUGCAGUUGGCGGCUCUGGAGACCGAGAAGGCCGGGCUUGUGGAGACCGUGACGCAGAAGGAUGUGGAGCUGGCAGGACUGGGGGUGGAAUUGGAGCGAGUGCAGAGCAGUCUAGCAGGCGAGAGGGAGAGUGGCGUGAAGGCUGCUGAAGCCCUACAGAAUCAGCUCAAUGAGAAGGAGAGUCGUGAACAGGCUCUGGAGAGUGAGCUCAUUUCUGUACGCUGGGCAGCUCUGAGGGCAGCACUGGAGGAGGCAGAUAGGGUUGUCCAGGACAGUCUGGCGCAGCUGGAUGAGCCUGCACACAUAAGCUGCACCAGCUCAGCCGAUUACCUUAUACCCAGGUGCCAGAAUGCUUUAGAGUGUGUGGACAGACUACAGUCUGCCAAGGACAGCUUCGUAUCUGAUAACACAAAUGUGUCCGAGUUGGUGCGGGCCGUGGCUCAGCUGGCCCACCUGGUGGGUGAUACCAUUGUACAAGGCAGCGCCACUGCCCACAUGGUGUCAGUGGAACAAGCUGACGCUCUAACAUCUAGUGUGAAGACAUGUGGAACUGAGGCCCUGGCUCUGAUCGCUCAGCUGAAGGAGCAGGACUCUCUGGCUACAGCAGGCAGCAGUGGACUCCGAGCAGCUUUGGGCAAUGUGCUGGCCACGGCGCAGAAGUUGCGGCCACGGGGUUUGGAGCUGCAGCAGGGAGAACUGGGUGAUCUGGUGGAGAAGGAGAUGGCAGCCACCUCAGCGGCUGUGGAGUCCGCUGUCUCCAGAAUAGAGGAAAUGCUGAACAAGUCCCGCGCUGUCGACUCUGGUGUCAAAAUGGAAGUGAAUGAAAGGAUUCUGGCCUCCUGCACAGAGCUCAUGCAGGCCAUUAAAGUGCUGGUGUUGGCCUCUAAAGAUCUGCAGCGCGACAUCGUGGAAGGGGGCAGAGGUGCAGUAACUAUAAAAGAGUUCUAUGCUAAGAACUCCCGCUGGACUGAAGGCCUCAUCUCGGCGUCCAAGGCUGUGGGCUGGGGAGCAACUGUGAUGGUUGAUGCAGCUGAUCUGGUGGUGCAAGGGAAAGGGAAAUAUGAGGAGCUGAUGGUGUGCUCACACGAGAUAGCCGCUAGUACAGCUCAGCUCGUAGCUGCAUCAAAGGUUAAGGCAGACAAGGACAGUCCCAACCUCGCUCGUCUGCAGCAGGCAUCUAGAGGAGUCACUCAAGCAACUGCAGGCGUUGUGGCUUCAACCAAGUCUGGAAAAUCCCAGAUUGAGGAAACUGACACGAUGGAUUUCACCAGUAUGACACUUACACAGAUCAAGAGGAAAGAGAUGGACUCCCAGGUGCGUGUGUUGGAGUUGGAGACACAGCUUCAGAAGGAACGCGAGCGUCUCGGUGAGCUGAGGAAGAAGCACUACGAGUUGGCUGGUGUGGCUGAAGGUUGGGGUGAGGAACAGGAGGGAACGGGAUGAGGUGUGUCCCCAUGCAGUAGCCCAGCUCUCUGGCACUCACUUGUUCCUCAGUGUCUCUCCCCCUUCUCUCUUCUUCACUCUCUUCAGAUCUUUUAUCCUUUAAUAAUGAACGAAAAGCCAAAUAAAAAAAAAAAGGUGCUUUUACUUUAACCCUACUCCUGCUCCUCCCUGUGGAGUAAGAAACACUUACAGGAGGAGCAAAAGAGGAGACAAUGUCACCUUAAGAGGAGGAUGAAGCCUAAAGGCAGCAUGGAACGUAUUUGUGGCACCCCCCAGUGGGCAGAGGGAAAACUGCACCCUUACUGACCUGUCGGGUUUCUUUUUUUUGUUGUUGUUUUUUCUGUUGUUUUUUUCGAGUUUCCCUGUCCUCUACCUCUUUUUUUUUUUUUUUUUUUUUUUUUUUUUUUUUCUUUUUUUUUUUUCUUCUUUCUCAUUCACAAUUCCACGACGACAUGCGUCACACAAGGCGAGCAGGAAUUACUGACACUGCGUCGUGAGUUUCCGGACCGGUCCGCUUCCAAGGCAGCAGCAGCAUGUGACUUCCACCACCUCUUCCAGAAAUCAUUCCUCGGUUUGUGGACACACGCCCCGUCAAACAAGCUGCUUAGACUUCUCUGAACUGUCCCCUGCUGACCCUCCUCCACACAGUGGCCUUGCUCUGGACUCUGAGCUGAUAGAGUGAGUGUAUGGCCCACGAGAGAGGCUUCCCUCCGCACUAACACUAGCGACUGCCUGAAAACUGUAAAGUAAACUCGGCUUCUCCCUCUCUUGCUUCCUCUGCGUGUAUGUACGUGCAGUGUUUUUAAAUUUUUCAAUUUGGUAGAUGUUUUUUUUUUAACCAUGCUUCCUGAGCAGUAGUUUUUUGGGGUUUUUUUCUUGAAAAGUAGCCUGACUGGGCUUUUAACGGUUUUAAAAUGUUUAAUACACAUCACAUUUUGGUUAAUGGGAUCGAAUUAUAAUCCCACAAGUGUUCUGUCAGCGAUGACGUCAGCCACAACACAUUUCAUCUAAUUUCAUGUCCAUGGCUGAAAACGAAUAGACUGUUUUUCAUGACCCUCUGCUGCAAAAGGAGGAUGUUUGACGAGAGAACCUAGGACUCUGAGCUCAUUUCUUCUCGAUAACUUUCUCCUCGACUGACCGUUUUUCUCUGGUGCCCGUAGACAACAUUAGUAGCACCUCUGGUAGCCUUUAUUUACACUCUUGUCAAGUGUUAAUACCACUGGUGUGUAUGUUGACUUCCUCUUUGUACUUCCUUUUCCACGUCCACACACAGGACAUCAGCACAUGUGAGGAGAGACAUCUGUGCCUUCCAAAAGGUUAAAGUUCACAUUUCCCUCAGUAAACCUUUAACGGCUGUAGCCUUGGACUGGUGUUCUAAAGGAUUGGUGAUGCCUUAAUGAUGGAAAUACUGUAUGGUGUGUCUAUGUUGGACGAGUCAUUUGGAGCUUCCAGCACAAUUUUCUCCAACUGUGUGGUCCAGAGAGAGGACACUCAGAAAGGAGAGACACCGUGAACAUUAAAAAAAAAAAAACAACAACGAAAAAAACAAAACAAAGGAGGCUUAUGAUAUAAAGAUGUGCUAGCCCCCUCCCCUUGCUAAAGCAAUCUAGACCAGAUAGCCUUGUAGACCACCACUGUAUUAUGAGCACAGCCUACAACUGGGCCCCUGAAAAACCUGGCUUCAAUAUUUACAAGUUUCAUGUCCUUCCAGUCUUCAAUUACCUCAACUCCCUCAUAAAGCAAAGCAGGCAGACAAACAUGGACUCAUUUGACAUUAACAAAUGUUCACAUACAGUGCUGAGAUGUGUGCAUGUAACAGAAAGCUGUUCUACUAAUACCAGGUAUGAAAUGACACAUUGUGUGUGUGUGUGUGUUUGUGUGUGUGUGUGUGUGUGUGUGUGUGUGUGUGUGUGUGUGUGAGAGAGAGAGAGAUUGUUUGUAUGAGAAGGCCCAAAAUGUGUUUCUUUGUCUUUAACACCUUCACCCUGUCUUGUUGCACUGCUUUAGCUGUUUCUGUAAGUUGUAACACUGGGUAUUUAAUUGAAUCAUUUAUUGACACCACCGCUCUGUUUUCAUGUCUCGCCCUCUGUUUUGGUUCAUGUCUUCUAGUCUUACCAGCCUUCCAACUGCCUCUCACUUUAGCCAGUCAGAUGAUUAUAUGAAUACUCAGUAACACUUUUUGGACAAUAUCUUUGUAUGAUGUACUAAACUGAGUGUUUUUAUUUCUUAUUUCUUCUUCAAUAAAUAUAGUAAUGUGUUAAUGAUAA